AUGUCUUCUGCACUUUUUGUAAAACGACUUUCCAAAGAACUAGUCGACCUUAAAAUCAACCCACCUGCAGGAAUUGCGAUAGAGGAUGCCGAAACCUUUAAAAGUUGGAAAUUAGCUCUCGAAGGUGUUGAUGGAACUUUGUACGCAGGUGAACGGUUUGCCUUGGAGUUUCGUUUUUCACCAAAUUAUCCAAUGGAAUCUCCAGAAGUGGUUUUCGUAGGAAAUAUACCAAUACAUCCACACGUUUACAGCAAUGGGCAUAUAUGCUUAAAUGUCUUAUAUAAUCAAUGGAGCCCUGUUCUAAGUGUCAGGCUUCCCCAAAACAAACUCAAUGGUCCUUUCACGACGACACUGUUUAAGCUCAUACUGGAAGUUAACUUAUGUUAA